GGAAAAAAACCAGCAUGGUCUCUCUCAGAUUUCUCUCUGUCUCCAAUAUUUCUAUGGUCAAUGGUCAUGUCCUUUAAUCUGUAUUAGUGGAAAUAGGCAUUAAGUGCGUACUCUAUAACCUUAUCAAAUCUUAUGGGCCUACUCGUGGCAUAGAAAAGAUGGAGUAGAGCAAAGAUAAGGUUAAUUACAGUUCUAAUGGCAAUUGUUCGUAGUAUAUAACAAUGUACGGCAGUUGGAGGCUUUUUUAAGCUCGCAACUUGUGAGCUAGGCUCAUAAGUGGGGACGUCUGUGACGAAGGUUAUGGGAUAAUUGAUACCAUCACCGAAGUUUCUCACUCGCGAGGAGUAUGGGGAACUUUGGGAGUGACAUCGUGAUAUGCUUGUUGCUACUAUUUUCAGUCAGUGUCAUAUUUGGAACCAGUGAAAUCAUCAAAUUGGUCAUGAACAAUGGAGAGGAUAUUCUCAAAAUAUCUACAUAUAAUUGGAUUAUUCGAUUAUGUUUGAAUUUAUUGGGAUAUGCCACUGUGUUAUUGCCAGGUUGUCUUAUAUACAAAUAUGUACGCUAUAUAAAGUACAUUCAGAGAGGCGGGAAAGGUUGUAUUCCUAGACUGGUGCAUUCAUGCUUUGUGGGACACUGUGAGACAGGUUUCUUGGAUUCGCCAACUUAUGUUCCUAAUGCUUCCACUCACAUUCAGCGUACUUUUACUCAAGACGCUCUACUAUUGAUAUAUUGUUUCCUUGGAUUACAAAUUAGUUAUUUAACUUGGGGCUACCUGCAGGAAAAGAUAAUGACGCAGGAAUACGAAGAUGCUUCUGGCAGUAAAGCACGGUUUCAAGAUUCGCAAUUCCUGGUAUUUGUAAAUCGCAUUCUUGCUUUUCUGAUGUCCGGAUUAUACUUACUUAUUCAACGUCAGCCGCAACAUAAGACGCCAUUGUAUAAGUAUGCAUUUUGUUCUCUAUCAAAUAUCAUGAGCAGUUGGUGUCAAUAUGAAGCUUUGAAAUACGUCAGUUUUCCAUCACAGGUUUUAGCUAAAGCCUCUAAAAUUAUUCCGGUUAUGGUUAUGGGAAAAAUAGUUUCGCAUACGUCAUAUGAAUAUUAUGAAUAUGUUACUGCGAUUCUUAUUUCUAUCGGAAUGACGCUCUUUAUGCUGGACAGUUCUGAUCAUAAUAAAAACAAUGGAGCGACAACACUUUCUGGUGUUAUUUUAUUGGGAGGUUACUUAUUAUUAGAUAGUUUCACAAGUACCUGGCAAAAUGCACUGUUUAUAGAUUAUGGAGUAACUAGCGUACAAAUGAUGUGUGCAGUCAAUAUGUUCUCCUGUUUGCUAACUGCGAUGUCUCUGUUUCAACAAUCGAGCUUUCCGCUAAUUUUUUCUUUCAUGACGACGUAUCCCAGGUUUAUAAUCGACUGUUUGCUGAUUUCCAUUUGUUCUGCAAGCGGCCAAUUGUACAUUUUUUACACCAUUUCGAAAUUUGGAUCCAUUACAUUUGUCAUUAUGAUGACCAUUCGUCAAGGCUUGGCAAUAUUAUUGUCAUGUUUGAUUUAUCAUCACGAGAUUACUGUUAUUGGAGUGUUUGGGAUAUUGUUAGUAUUCGGCUCAGUAUUUUUACGAAUUUAUUGCAACAAUCGAUUACGUGUAAUCAGAAGACGCAGAGCCGCAGCGAACAGUAUAAAACAUUAAAAAUUGUAUUAGUUAGACGGAAUUACGAUCUUAAUUGUCAUAGAAGUAGAAUUCUAUCAACUGUUUAUUAUAAUUGCUAUGGAUUAGGGUAGAAUUCUGACAUAGUAAUUAGAUAUUGACUGUAAUUAUGGAUGCUAAAUUUUAAUCCUUUAUUUAUAAUUAACAUCGCGUCAUAAUCUCUCUUUCCAUAUACAGCAUAUACUAUAUAUCGCGAAUGUAUAUCCAAUAGUUUGUGAUAGAAAUUUCAAUCAUGAACUUCAAGAAAUAUUUGUAUUUAUAAGUUUUGUAGCCAAUAUACGUCGCGUGUGUAAUAUAUUUGGAAAAAUAUGUACUUGAAGAUACAUGUGAUCUGACAAAAACAGCAUUAUAUCUUUAUGAAAAGAAAAUUUGUGUUAUGCCAUAUGUAUAAAGGCGUAUACACGUAUUGUAUUAUUUAUUUGAAAAAUAUUUAUUUUGAUAUAAAUGCAUAUACACAACAAACACAUGCAAGUUUCUUACCAUAGAUGAUUGUAUCCAAUAUAGAAGUAAGUACAUAUAAUUCUUUUCUGUAGGACUUAAGCUACAUAUUUAUCAAAGGAAGAUAGAACAUUUAUGUUUUCAUUGGCUAUUUUUAUUUUGGAAAUUAUGUUGAGAACGAUAAAGAUUUUUGAAUUUGUAAUUUUUUUUUAUCAUUUUUUUUUAGUUCAAAAUGUUAUCUAGAGCUAUCGGAGUUGUGACAGCAUUUGCUACGAAAGCUUUGCGAUCUGUAUAAAUUUGUAUUUACGAAAUUGGAGACUAAUAGAUUACACAAAGAAACAAUGUCGAGUUCUUGAAAUUAGAUUUGGACGUCUAACUAAAUGUUGCUAUGUUGCUAUCGUUCUACGAAAAUUGAUGUAUAUGUGUGCAUAUGAUGUUACUAGUAUAUAAAGAUGUGUCACAUUUUAUCAAUGAAACAGCGAUCUCGGAGUUCAGGCUUUAGGACUGCUUAAAGACUCAAGUAAGUAGCCAUUUUAAAUCAGAACUAAUGCGAAUAAAGUUUUGUAUAUAGUGUACAAGAA